CUUUCCUCCUCUCUGCCUCACUCCAUCUCUCUCAAGCGUCCUUCUGCCUCUCUCUUAUAUUGAAAUUGGUCUGGGUCGAACAGGAUCACAGAACACCGCUUCUCUAUUGCUGCACAUUGUCGGGCAUUCCGCAAAACCCGAUCACUUGAAACACAAUAAGCAUACACAAAGGAAAGGACAUAGUACCACAAUAUAUUUUUAAAGGUGGAACACGUUUUUCUUAUUAAAAAAAUACCGUCCGUUUGUGCGUGUUAAGCGUUUUAAAGUAGGUGUUUAACUAUAACAGUCCAACUACAGUAUAAAGUAGCCAUGCAUCUGCACAUUAUAAUGCGCGCUAGCAUUGGAUUAGUCGGUUUCUGUCUGCUUGCCUUUGUCCAACAGCCAGCUCGCGCUUCAGGAGGCAAAUCCACUCAAGAUGUGGAUGAGUGUGCAGAGCAAAUUGACAACUGCAGCACCGAUGCCAUCUGCCAGAAUACACUCAAGUCAUACAAAUGCAUCUGCAAGUCGGGCUACAAGGGGGAUGGCAAGCACUGUGAAGAUUUAGACGAGUGUGCGAGUGAGUACAACGGUGGCUGUGUCCAUGACUGCAUCAACAUCCCGGGGAACUACAGGUGCAUAUGCUAUGACGGCUUCCGGCUGGCACACGACGGACACAACUGCCUUGAUGUGGAUGAGUGUUCAGAGGGGAAUGGUGGAUGUCAGCAGAUCUGUGUCAACAUGAUGGGCAGUUACGAGUGCCGCUGCAGAGAAGGAUUCUUCCUGAGCGACAACCAGCACACCUGCAUCCAAAGGCCUAAAGCGCGACCAGAGGGCACCAAGGAGGGCCCCACCUGCAUGGAUAAGAACCAUGGCUGUGCUCACAUCUGCCGGGAGACACCAAAGGGAGGCAUUGCCUGCGAGUGCAGGCCUGGCUUCCAGCUCACCAGGAACAUGAGGGACUGCAAGUUGACCUGUAACUACGGCAACGGGGGUUGCCAGCACAUCUGCGAGGAGACGGACCACGGCCCCAGAUGUGCGUGUCACAUGAAGUUUGCCCUGCAAACCGACGAAAAGACAUGUGUAGGGGAGAGGAGUCUCCAGAACCAGGCAGCCCCACAGCUGUUCCCCAAUGAGACGUGUUUAGUGAACAACGGUGGCUGUGACAGCACAUGUCACGAUGCAGUGACCGGAGUCCGCUGCAGCUGUCCUGUAGGCUUCACUCUCCAGCCAGACCGCAAGACCUGCAAAGACAUUGACGAGUGUCGCCUGAACAACGGGGGGUGUGAUCACGUAUGUCGGAACACAGUGGGCAGCUUCGAGUGCAGCUGCAAGAAGGGCUACAAGCUGCUGACCAAUGAGAGGACAUGCCAAGACAUUGACGAGUGUUCUUUUGACCGGGCGUGUGACCAUUCCUGCGUCAACUCCCCUGGCAGCUUCCAGUGCUUCUGUCAUAAAGGCUAUGUUCUCUACGGUCUGGCACAUUGUGGAGAUAUUGAUGAGUGCAGUAUAAACCGCGGUAGCUGUAAAUAUGGCUGUGUCAACACUCAGGGCAGCUAUGAGUGUACUUGUCCAACUGGAUACAAGCUGCACUGGAACAGGAAGGACUGCAUUGAGCUGGUGAAAUGUCUGCCUGGCCUAGCUCCCAAGACCACUCUGACCUGCAGUAAAACGGGCAAGAAGGAGAGCUGCUCCCUCACCUGCACCUCCAAGGCUCACUAUCUGGCAGAAUCUGACAGCAGCUAUACAGUGAGCUGUGGCAUCCCCAUCCUACGAGGCAAAUCCCCAGCCAGACUGAACACAAGCAGCAGUCCGAGCUGCAUAGAAACAGGGGCCCCUCCAGUGAAGCAGACCGCCUCUUUCAAGAUCAAAGAUGCCAAGUGCCACCUGCACCCCAAGCUGACAGGCCGGGCUGAGGACAGGGGCCGAGCGCUGGGGCCAGGUGAGGGGCCACAUCUGGCCUACAUUCCAGACCUUGGAAGUGGACAGCCCUGCAAUAACUGCCUGGUUACGUUUGUCAACCUCAAAUGUGACUCCUCCAAGAAGGCCAAAGGGCGUCGUGUCCGUAAUCCCACCAACAAAGAAGUGACACGCAUCACCCUGGAGCUCGAGGCGGAGGUCAAGCCAGGAGACACUACAGGGAGCUGUAACCUGAGUUGCCUGCGCCAGCGCAUGGAGAAGCAGGUAAAGACAUACAUCAAGGCCCUGAAGAAGUCGAUCAACCAGGAGCGUUUCCUGAUCCGCGUGGCUGGGCUGGAGUACGAGGUGGCCCAGAAGCUGCCCCAGGUCGCUUCAGGCCACGAGAACUGUGGUCCAGGACGGGAGAAGGACAGUGGACGCUGUGUCAGAUGUUUGCCAGGAUCGUACUACCACGGGGAACAGGAGCGCUGCAUCCAGUGCCCACCUGGCACCUUUCAGGAGAGGGAGGGGCAGCUGGCCUGUGACCUGUGCCCUGGCAGUGAUGGGCAUGGACCUGCCGGAGCACGCAACAUCUCCUCCUGUGCAGGUCAGUGCCCUACUGGCUACUUCUCCAGUGAUGGGUUUCAGCCAUGCCAGCCAUGCCCGUUUGGCUCCUACCAGCCUGACCUGGGACGGACCCUAUGCUUCCCCUGCGGAGGGGGGCUGAGCACCAAACGGGAGGGGUCCAGCUCCUUCCAUGACUGUGAGGUCAAAGUUCAGUGCUCCCCUGGCCACUACUACAACACUACGGUUCACCGCUGUAUUCGCUGCCCUUUGGGCAGCUACCAGACAGAGUUCAGACAGAACUACUGCAUCACCUGUCCUGGUAACACCACUACAGACUUUGAUGGGGCCACCAGUGUCUCUCAGUGCAAGAACCGAGAAUGCGGAGGAGAGAUGGGCGAGUUCACAGGUUACAUUGAGUCGCCCAACUACCCCGGAAACUACCCAGCUAAUGUAGAAUGUAUCUGGAUCAUCAACCCACCCAACAAGCGCAAGAUCCUCAUGGUGGUGCCUGAGAUCUUCCUGCCCUCAGAGGACGAGUGUGGAGACGUACUGGUUAUGAGGAAGAACUGGUCGGCCACAUCCAUCACCACCUAUGAGACGUGUCAGACGUACGAGCGACCUAUAGCCUUCACCGCUCGCUCCCGCAGACUCUGGAUUAACUUCAAGUCCAACGAGGCUAACAGUGCCCGAGGCUUCCAGAUCCCCUAUGUCACCUAUGACGAGGAUUAUGAACAGCUUGUAGAGGACAUUGUCAGAGAUGGAAGACUCUAUGCCUCUGAAAACCAUCAAGAAAUCCUAAAGGAUAAAAAGCUGAUUAAAACUCUCUUCGACGUGCUGGCCCACCCAAACAACUACUUCAAGUACACCCCUCGGGAGUUCAGCGAGAUGCUGCCGCGCUCCUUCUUGCGCCUCAUAAGCAGCAAAGUCUCCGCCUUCUUGCGACCAUAUAAGUAGUCUCCACAUCAAACCCCGCCCCAGAAGGACCAGAUCCCGCCCCCCUCUAACAGGCCAAACAACAAACUCUCACAGGACUUCUAACAAGUUGACAGAAAUAACUAUUUUUUUCUUCUAUUUUUUCAUACUGUAGGCUUUGACGACACACUUCACUAUGCAGCCUCAUAUGUUGAACUCAAUCUGUUUUGCAGUAUUUAGUUGUAUGCCCUUUUAAUUUCUCCAAAACCAUGCAGUAUCUGAAGCCAACCAACUUGAGUCAAAGUACAGUACAGGCUUUCUUGCCCAUCUCUUCUUUCUGAAUAUUUAUCACGACUCCAAUAUGCUUGUGUCGUUCUAUUUUUUUGUUUGUUGCUGUUGUCAUUCUUGUUUCUAUUAUCAUAUAGCAUAGAUGGCCUUGUCUGUCAUUUUCACAGCAAUCCAUAAUUAGAAGGAUAUGUGUGCAUUUCAGAUGACGCAUGUUGUCUGUUUGUUGACAAAAUGGACAACGGUAGAGGCAUUUAUGUCAAACAGGAAGAAGGAUAUUACAAGGGCAAUAUGUUUGUCACAUUUGUUUUGAGCUGGAACAGGAUUAUCGUAAACGUGCUUUAAUAAAUAGUCUUUCACUUAAAUUCCAGCUUUAACUCUUACCAUGCCAGGAUGAGUCUGUUUUGAUAAAUGAGUAUCCUUUUGUAUAUCUAUAUCCUCCAUAAGCAAUCCUCAAGGAGAAGGACCUGUCAGUUUCAUGUCAUUGUUACAUUCCAUAACAUUCAAAGCCUUACUAUAUCUGAGCUCUUAGAGCAACUUCUUGUUAAGGUAUUACUGUUAAAACAGUUAUUCCGUUUUUUUCUUCUGUCCAGAUUGUAUAACUGUCUGUUACCUACCUACAGAUAUUUUCUGUUAGUCUAUAUCCAAGUUAACUUAACAAAGUGUAUAAAUUGUAGUUUAUUUUAAAAAAUUGAGACGGUGAUGGACAUUUUGGAAAAUAAAUAGAAAACUAGAUUUGUGAGAAUCACAGGAGAGAGACAAAAUAAUGUCUCUAUGGUCCAUGACUGGUGAGGAUAGAGACAGAUAAAUGUCUCUAUGGUCCAUGACUGGUGAGGAUAGAGACAGAUAAAUGUCUCUAUGGUCCAUGACUGGUGAGGAGAGAUACAGAGAAAUGUCUCUAUGGUCCAUGACUGGUGAGUGAAACAGAGAUACAUCUUAAUUAAAGGACAAGGCUCUGUGAUACAGAAAAUGUCUUUAUUGGACACAACUCUGUGAGAGAGAGAUAGAGAAAUGUCUAUGAGGGACAUACGUUUGCUGCUUCUUUUAAAAAAGGUCACUUUAAUUCUUCAAUUUCAAGUCCUCUUUCUGUGCUCGCAUCACACUAAUAGUCCAUUGAAUUAAUAUAAAAGAAUGUUCUGUUCAGAGAGAUGCAUCAUAAGUAUAAAUACAGUCCUACACCUGUCCUCAUCCAAGUUGAAUGUCAUAUCACAUUUGCAUCUCCAUCCAUGGAUUACCAACUGAUUGUAAUGUUUUUCUUUCUUUCAAAAAUUGACACGGUUUGAAUCCUUUUUAAUCUAAAUACACUUGAGCAGAUUCUGUCCCAAUAAGACCAGCUCUUCCAAAGACUGUCCGCACAGCAAAAGCCUAGUUAUUAUCUUGUGCACUAGAUCUAGAGCCUGUCAUCCUACCUUUGUUGUGUAAGUGCAAUGAAUGAAGUCUCCAUUGUGCUACUCCUCUCUUUGUGUCUAAAGAAAUACUAAAAAACAAUGUUAAUAUUUGUCAAAACAUAACAAAGGAUUGUCUUUUCUUGGACUAAUUUAAAAAACAAAUGUGACUGGCGUUAGGGUUUUGAAUGAAGUUACUUUAUAUUCAGCAUCACACUACAAUAAUGUUGAAAAACAAAUAUAGUUGAUCAAUGCAAUACUAUUACAAUGGAAUUAUUGCAAUGUAAAAACAAAUGACAAUGAUAACAAGUAAUCCUAAUACACUCAAACCUUUGUUGAAGAAGAAUCAACAUGUUAGCUACUGCUCUUAAAUAUAAAGGAUUUCCCUGUUUUUAUUUGAUUUUAGAUAUUUUUUUUUGUAAAUAAAAGAGAAAAUGAACAGUGUAAAUGGUAAAAGCUAUUGUACAAUACCUUUAGAUAGUUGUAAGCACAGGUGCUUCUGGAUAAGAGAAAAGGAUUUUCACCACAUUGCUAAAUUGUAAGACAAGCGUGGCCUAGCCAUGCAGACCUCAUAGUCAGAAGGAACUGUUUAAUACACAUCACAGAAUAUCUGCUAUAUCUGUAUUCUUUUCAAUGUUUGUUUUAAAGUUGCCAUUAGUAUUUAUACCACCCUGUUUUUUUUUAAAUCCCAACAUUUCGAUGUCAAUAGCAACAGUCCAUAGCACUCACUGUUACCACCUGUCCCAACUCACCCUUUCCCUCUCUUCAUCCCUCUGUCCCUGCAGCCUGAACACACCAGAUGGUUGAGUUUUUUUGGUUUGUUUUUUUACAUGAGUUUGCUAUGAUGUAUCAUAGACUUGAUAAUGGUAUUUGCACUUGAAAAUUGUUAUUGCUCAUGUAAAAAUGUCUGGAUUUUGUAUUGUCUUUUUAAAUGAAUGGAAUUGCUGUUCUUACAUUUCUUGUAGCUCUCGUUUGUUCUCUAAAUGCUCGCCUACUGUGUUCAACCCAUGAAGAUGAAGAUGCCCACAUGCAUGUAACUUUAUCAACUGUAAAAAAAAAUUAAAAAAAAGUAUGUACAGAGAUGAAAUGAAACAAGAUUAUGAGCUUGUUUCUGUCAAAAACACUUAUCAAAAUAAACAUACUGUAAUUGA